CACGUUGGCGGCAUGCAAAAUGUACACGCAAGUCGCAGCUGCUUCGUCCUUGCAACCCCCUUCCAAUCUUCUACUCUCAUACUUUCCUCUUUCCUUCAGAAUCUCUUUCAAAACUUCAAUGGAAGAAUAAAUGUUUUUUCUUACACUGUAAUUUCUCUGCACCGACUCUGUAAUUAAUAUGUAUAUUUAUGUUGUAUGUAUGUAUUAAUAUGAAAGGGAAAGGUUUAUACAACUUUUCACCAUUUCUUCUACGCACUUUCAUCCGAAGCUUUCUCGUGAAGUCCACCCAAUUUUAGCUAAGUGACUCUUGGAAACCCCGCAAUUUAGCAUCAAUUUUGUCCAUGUUACCACUGCAGGUCAUAGGACUCGCUACUGUGGCUCAAGAUAUUAUCAAUAUCUUUAUUAGAGGUCGUUUUGUACGUUGUGUGUUACUGAAGUGUACUUAAGUUCUUGGAACGGGUGGCCAUCAUAUAUGCUUUGAAGUCAAAUAUAGAUACUGUAUUUCUUUGGUAACUUUGAUCCAGUGUCGAUAAGAUUCAGAGGUGCCAGUAGAGAGAAAGCCCGACACCUUCAUCGUGCAAAUAGAUGGCUGGUAGAAAGCGAAGCUUAUCCAAUGAUGCAGAUAUGUCUGCUCUGUACAAGGAAUUGGAUGAAGUUUCGUGCCCCAUAUGCAUGGAGCACCCACACAAUACUGUUCUUCUCAUUUGCAGUUCUCAUGCUAAGGGCUGUCGGUCAUACAUUUGCGACACUAGUUAUAGGCAUUCAAAUUGCUUGGACCGAUUUACAAAACUUACAGGAGAAAACACAGACAGCUAUACUUCAUUAGCACCCAGAAGUCUGCAUGAUUUUAUUAAUGCUUCUAAUAGGAACUUUGACGUGAGAACUUCAAGUUCUUUGACUGGGGAUCAUGUGGAUCACGAUCUUAAUACAAAUAACACUGGGACAGCUGUGGAAAUGCCUGGUGGAUCUGGAGGAAGCAGCACAUAUGAUGCAGUUUCUGACUUUGCAGAACAAGAAGGAAUCUUGUGGGAAAGUUUUGAUCUUGGAGAGAAUAACAUGGAGAAGCCAGAACCACGACCAAAUUUGAGAUGCCCUUUGUGUCGUGGUAGUGUUCUGGGCUGGAAGGUCGUAGAAGAGGCCAGAAUGUAUCUCAACCAGAAGUCCCGAACUUGCUCUCAUGAAUCAUGCUUGUUCUCUGGUAACUAUGGGGAAUUACGUCAGCAUGCUAGAAUGGUUCAUCCGACAGUCUGCCCAGCUGAUGUUGACCCAUCAAGACAGCAAGCCUGGCAACGCCUUGAAGAGCAGAGAGUGAACAAUGAUAUUGUCAGUGCCAUUCGUUCCUCCAUGCCAGGGGCAGUUGUACUUGGUGACUAUGUGAUAGAUAAUGGAGAUAGGCUAUCAGGUGAAAGGGAAAGACAUGUACUUAGUGAAUAUGCGUUUGAUAACGGAAGUGGGCUAUCAGGUGGAAGUGAAAGAGUUCUAGGCGACUAUGUGUAUGAUAAUGGAAGUGUGUUAUCAGGCGGAACCGAAAGAAGUGCUGAAGCUCGUAGGUGGUUAAGCACCUUCUUCUUGUUUCACAUGAUUGGUUCAACGGAUCCAGCAUCCGAGGGAAGAGGUGUCAGGUCAAGAGGUUUGGCAAGGCAUCGACGCCCUAGUGGACCUUUUUCUAGACGGCACUAUCUUUGGGGUGAAAGGCUGGUACAAGAUGAUGAUGAGGAGGUGGAGGAUGACAACAACGAUGAAGAAGAAGAAGAUCAUAAUGAAACCGAUCUGAACACAUUGAGUGAUAUUGGUGUAGAUGUUCAUUCAAACCCAAGAAGGCGUCGAAGGCUGAUGCGUUCUAGGUCAGAUCAAGAACAGUCUUAAGACUUGUUGCAAGUGGCUCCGUUCAGCAUGGGCUAGGAAACAGAUCCAUCAGCUCAGAGCCUGAUACGCCGUCUUUCUCUAGGAUCUGUUUGCAGCUGUGGGUUCCUUCAGUAGUGAGGGGGGAAAGAUGGAACAAGGUUAUUUAAUAGGGAAGGCAAGUGUUUGAACUCUAGAAAUUUGUUAUUUUUAAUAUAUUCUGUUGGAGUUGAUGUCUUAUUAUCAUUUUUGAAGUAUCGUGCUAGUUAACACGUUGGCCUUUAAAUUUUGAACUUUAUGUCUUAGUUCUAAAGAGUGUCGUAUUCCUUCUUUCUGAAAUCCACAUGUGUAUUUUAUGUUUUGAGACAUGGUAGUGAACGGUAACUUCUUCUUUGAUUCUGUCUAGUUUUGUCUAGUCAGUGUAGCAAACAUGCGAGUUAAAAUAGAUAGCAUAUUUUAGAGAUA